UAAUAAUAAUAAUAAGACUUAACUCCACUUGUGGACGAGAAAGACAAAUCACGCUCUAAUGGCUCUACGCUCUCUCGUUUCUCGAAAAACCCUAGGCCUAGGCUUGAAGCUUCAAUUCCGUGGAUUGCAGACAUUCUCCCUGCCUGAUCUCCCGUACGAUUAUGGAGCUUUGGAGCCUGCAAUUAGCGGGGAGAUCAUGCAGCUCCAUCACCAGAAACACCACCAGACUUACAUCACUAAUUACAAUAAGUCCCUCGAGCAACUUCAUCAUGCCAUGGAAAAGGGCGAUUCUUCUGCUGUUGUUAAAUUGCAGAGCGCUAUCAAGUUCAACGGCGGAGGUCAUGUCAACCAUUCAAUUUUCUGGAAGAAUCUCACUCCUGUCCAAGAAGGAGGCGGUGAACCACCACAUGGUAGGCUGGGAUGGGCUAUUGAUGAAGAUUUUGGUUCUCUGGACUCAUUGAUUAAAAAAAUGAGCACAGAGGGUGCUGCUGUACAGGGCUCUGGAUGGGUGUGGCUUGGUCUGGACAAAGAAUCAAAGAAACUUGUGGUUGAGACCACAGAAAAUCAGGAUCCAUUGGUAACUAAAGGACCCUUGGUUCCAUUACUUGGUGUUGAUGUUUGGGAGCAUGCAUAUUAUUUGCAGUACAAGAAUGUCAGACCUGAUUAUCUGAAGAACAUAUGGAAGGUAAUGAAUUGGAAGUAUGCUGGUGAAGUUUAUGACAAAGAAAGCUCCUAAGUCGAAGUGCGCCUGUUCCGUGCUGGUUUUGGACACAGAUGUGGGUUCUCUCAUAGCCUUCCUGGUUAGGAGGAAUAAUAAAAGAUGAUGCAGUAUGUUUUUGUAAAAUAUGAAGAUCCCUUUUCUUUUUCCCCAAAAAAUCAGUUGCUGAUUUGUAAAAUAUGUAAUAAAUUACCACCGUGGUUCGUUGGAUGUUAUCCUCAUGGAGGUGUUGUGCUGAUCCUUGUUCAAUAGAAGUUUUUUCCUCGGAAAA